CAUAGUGGCGCAAACCCCCAUGUUACGUCGAUUCACUAGCUCAUUAGACGUAUCAUUUAUUAAUGUUACUUUAUAAAGUUCAGCUUAUUCGUACAGCUUCAUAAGUGUUAGAUAAUUGCAGUUGCUCAUGAUACCCUUUUGACUGAUUCAAAUGCGUUUCCGGUGAUGUAAUCGUCAACCAGUCUCGUGUCGCACGCGUAUGGAUUUCUUCUAAUCCUUUAAUAUCGGCUUACGAAUUUCUAGCGUUAGCAAGUCGGAGUGAAAUUAUGCGGUCGUGGAACAAGUGCAUUUCCGUGAUCUAGAACAUGCCUGUUGGUGUAACAUUAAUAAUUGUGUAGCGAAUCGAAAAUGCAGCGACUAUUUCACUUGAGCUUCAUAUUUUGGUUAAGCGUUUGUUGGGGUUUUCUUUUGGACGGCACAACAAAAUCGUUCGCGCAAUUUCGUAAAUGGGGCGGCGGAUAUAAUGGUUCCUUGGAAUUCGAAUUUAAGACGGAACAACUCAACGGUCUUCUGUUGUAUACGGACGAUGGAGGAACUUACGAUUUUUUCGUAAUCAAGUUGUUCGAGGGAGCCCUGCAGCUGCGUUUCAAUCUUGGUGGUGGUGCCCAAAUUCUCACCGUCGGUAGUAAUUUGAACGAUGGCCAUUGGCACAAGGUGCAUCUGCAAAGGCAGGCCGAACGUACCGUUUUGACCGUUGACGGAACGUCCCAUAUGAGAACUUCCAGGGGCAAGGAGUUUGAUUUUGGUAGAUUCUCUACAAACUCCGACGUAUUCGUUGGUGGUAUGCCCAUGUGGUACAACAACAAACUAACAUUGCUUGCACUACCUAGCGUUAUCUUCGAACCAAGAUUCGUGGGGCACGUAAGAAACCUAAUAUAUGCCGAUACAGAAAAUGGACCACCUAGGAGACAAGAGACAAGGCCAAAAGAUCAUAGGUGUGAUGGAGGAGCGGUUGCAGGAACUGAAGAAGUCUGUCUUCCCCAGUCGAGGAUUUUGCGUGGAAACAGCAGCGACGUCUGCGAAUCCCGAGACCCUUGUCAGCAUGAUGGCAUUUGUAUUUCAACUGACAACGGUCCAAUUUGCGAAUGCCGAAAUUCCGAGUACGAAGGAGUGUUUUGCGAAAAAGAUAAAGCCCCAACGGAAGCCUCGUUUCGUGGAAAUGAGUAUUUAUCGUAUGACCUCAGUCAAACAGGAAGCGAUGCUGUGGUCAGCACACAGGACUCUAUGACGUUCUACUUCAAAACGAGAGUGCCCAGCGGACUGCUCUUCUAUUUAGGCGAUGGAGCAGAUUACUUGAACGUGGCAAUCAAAGAAGGUUGUCUGAUCCUUACAAUGGGGCUUUCCAAUGGAAAGCAAGAAAUGCAAAUCAAGCCUAAUAAAGUUCGCUUCGACGAUAAUCAAUGGCAUAAAGUCAGUAUACAUCGGAAAAUGCAAGAGGUGGCCCAGUUUACGAGCUUUUGCAGGCUCUCUGCAGUGGUUGACGGCGCUUAUGCGGACCACUCCCACAUUGCAGGGAAAUUCAAGGUUUUAUCGUCGACGAGAAUUUUUCUUGGAGGAAGCGAAGAUACGAGGGCGCUUCCUGGAACAAGAGUCAAUAGCAACUUCGUGGGAUGCAUGAAAAAGGUCGAAUUCACUGCAGACACUAUGAGGUUGAAUUUGCUCGAAUUAGGAAAAUCUGGGAGUGAGCUUAUUUCAACUGCAGGUCGACUCGAAUAUCGCUGUCCAGCUGGCGAAACGAGGGACCCGAUUACUUUCACGACCAGGGAAUCUCAUUUGAUCCUGCCGUCGUGGAAUGCUAAGAAGUCAGGGAAUAUAUCUUUCAAGUUCCGCACAAAUGAACCCAACGGUUUGAUCCUUUUCAACGGGGGAGUCAGACCUCCCAGGCAUCGUACUCUUGACAACCACCUGAUAAUGACGGAUUGA